GGCUGACCAGCCGGGGCGCCGCAGUGCGCUUGGUCCGGGUUCCCUGGAGCGCGGCCGCCGGGGCGCUGCGUACCGCUGGGCGUCUGGGAGCGCGCGGCCGCACGCAGCGGGAGCUGGUGCGGAUGCUCGGAGCUUCCCUCCCAGAGGCGCAAGGCCGAGUUCUGCCGCUCCCUCCCUGGGUGUCCGCUGGCCGGAGGAUUGUUGGGGUCACUGAGCAGAACAGCCACACCUGAAAGCCUGGGGCUGCUCCAUCGAGCACUUCCUGACCAGCGACCAGGACUAACAGCAGACCCACCUCUUGGCAGUCUUCAGAGAGAAAGAAUCCGUCUUCCUAGCACAUGGCAGGUAAGAAAGUGCUCAUCGUCUAUGCGCACCAAGAGCCCAGGUCUUUCAAUGGAUCCUUGAAGAGAGUGGCGGUGGAGGAGCUGAACAGGCAGGGCUGCGCCGUCACUGUUUCUGAUCUCUACGCUAUGGACUUUGAGCCGAGGGCCACAAGGAAGGAUAUCGCUGGCGUGCUCUGCAAUCCCGACUUCUUCCGUUAUGGGGUGGAGGCAUAUGAAGCCUGCAAGAAGAGGUCUCUGACCAGUGACAUCAUUGACGAGCAGAAGAAGGUUCAGGAAGCUGAUCUAGUGAUAUUUCAGUUCCCGCUGUACUGGUUCAGCGUGCCGGCCAUCCUGAAGGGCUGGAUGGACAGGGUGCUGUGCCAGGGCUUCGCCUUCGACGUCCCCGGAUUCUACGACUCCGGCUUCCUCAAGGAUAAAUUGGCCCUCCUCUCGCUCACCACGGGCGGCAUGGCCGAGAUGUACACGAAAACCGGAGUCAGCGGAGAUUUUCGAUACUUCCUGUGGCCCCUCCAGCACGGUACGCUGCACUUCUGUGGAUUUAAGAUCCUUGCCCCUCAGAUCAGUUUUGCUCCUGAGAUUGCAUCAGAAGAAGAGAGAAAAGAGAUGGUGGCAUCCUGGGCCCAGAGGCUGAAAACCAUCUGGAAGGAAGAGCCCAUCCUGUGCACACCCCCUUGGUACUUUGGGCAAUAACUGUGCCAUGUACACAUCACAUGAGCACCACACAAGGAGACACAAGCAUGUGCAAAGAGAAGAUGAUGCUGUGAGCAGAUGACAGACAACGGAAUUACCUAGACCUAUUUACUGACGUGCAUGACGUGCCUGGAGUGUUUCAGGGUUUCAUACAGCCAGCCCAGUGUUGCCGGGGCCAGCUGGUUCUUUCUUUCCUUUUCCAAUAUCUUUCCAUCUCCCUAUUUGCAACCUUCGUGGUUAUUUUCAAAUAGCUUUCUUGGCGUGGAGCUAGAUUUGUUAGUUUCUUCUAUUUCAUGACUCAACUUGAGAGUUUUAUUUUUUACAGGAAAGUUGAAUCUUUUCAUAGCUAGUGUUUUGGUGCUCUGUUUGGACUUAUUUCUUCCAUCAUCUUCUUCUUUUUUUUUUUCCUUACUUGCAUUAUGACUAUGAGGUUUUAAUUGAACAGCCAUUUAACAUGUUUUAAAUCACUGAGUGCCAGUUACAAUGAUCAUUUCCCAGCGUUAGUCUGAUGGCAUCCUAUCACCGCACACGUUCAUGUGACACUGCUAAUAGACCCCGAAGUGUAGAGGCAUGUGGAUGUGGGCGUCUCCCUAAGAGCAAGUUUAAGAGAUUACAUCUCCUCCUCCUCUUCCUCCUCCUCAUGGUCGCUGCUGAGGACAGACAGAUGCCCGGCGCCCGUCUUCCUCAGCAUUCCCGACACCACCCGCAUCCCCUUCUCGUCAGACUCACCACACAGCUUCUCCCUGGAUCCUCGUCAUCAAAUACCUUCUUGUUGGAACUGUCAUCUUCCGACAGCUUUUCCCCUGCCUCACUUUCCUCCCCUUCAUCAGCACCUUCAAACCCUUUUGCACCUGCAUCUUCCGCCUCUUUUUCAGCUGACGCAUCAUCAAAUACUUUUUCAUGUGUGUCUUUCUUUUCACCUGAAUCUUCACCCUCUCAGAGCGUCCCUCAUCAGACGCUCCCUCAGAGCCAUCGUCUUCAAAUUCUGAUUUUUCAGGGUUCUUUCCUUCUAACUGUUCAACACCGUUUUCUUCUGUGUUUUUGGAGCCAUCUUCAAACUGUCUUGAAGAGCAGUCUUCAGCUUCUCUUUCCAAGACAUCCUCCUCAGGCUCUUUUUGGGGCUGUCCUCCUCAGAUUCCUUUUCAGGGUCGCCUUCAAGCUUUUUCCAAAGCCAUCGUCUUCAUAAUCUUUUUUGAGGCUCUUCAUUUGAGGUUCUCCUCCAAGAUGGUCUCUUCAGACUUUUGGAACUGCCUUCUUGAGACUCUUCAGAGCCAUGUUCUUUAGCAUCUUUUUUAGAAGGAUUUUCUUCAAAAUCUCCCCCAUCUUCUGUUAUGUCAAAUAUCUUUCCACCUAUAGGUUCUUUAAAUGCCAUGUUAGUUACAGCUUCUUGAGCAUUCGUCGUGUGCUAGGAUGUUCUAGAAAUGUGUUGCUUUAGAAGACCUGCUCUUUGAAGCAAAGAUGGAAUUUGAAUACUGACUGCCUCUGUUGGCCUCGGGGCAUUAAAGAAAGCCUCCGUUCUCUUAGCCUUUCCUCCCUUUCCCUUGGCAUCCCCUCAGCCUGGUCCUCUGUAGUCCCACCCCACGCUUGGACAGGGAUUGGUGUCCACCAAGCCACCUGCUGUUGAGGGUUCAAAUACAAGGAUCAGCUUCUUCUGCAUUCCUCAAGGUCACAGAGGUUACACCAUCUGGGUGUUUAUCAAGGAGAAGGAGCUUCCCAGUUGGCCCACACUUUGCAUACUCUCCUCAGAGGUUUCCUCUGACCUCGCUGAGCACCAGCGGGCCAUCCUCAGAAUCCACAGGAUGGGACAUCUUUGAGGAUGACGACUCCCUCGUUUGUGGCGUGCUCAGGAUGGUCCAGCAGUCCAGCUGCUGUUAUUACAGAGACACUUCUUCCUGUGCUGCGGGCACCUCUGCUUUUCUGAAGCCUCACGUUCCCCUUAGUUGGAACUCGGCAGCCUCAAUAUGCAAUUUCUACCUUCUAAUUUCAUCUCCAUCCAAAAGUUCUAAUGCAAGACCCACAGAUUCUCUCUUCAAAUAACUGCAAAGCCCAUCCCCUUCAAGAUUUCUUUGGUUAUCUUUGAGAAGCUUGACUUUAGCUUCUGCCUGAGGAUCUCAUAAUUAUGACAAAUUAGACAGAAGGCGUGAGGAAGCCUCCACUGUGAUGUCUGGAGGCAAACCAGUCACGUGACAUUUGUAUUCCUAUCUUCAACGUGAAGCCUUUUGUUCUCUCCUCUUUUUGAGAUCCGUGGGUUUGGGAGUUUCUGUUCACAGAGGUUUCUCAGCAUUACUAGCAUCAUCUAUCUUUUCAGUAGAGCCAGACUUGCCAUCCUUGAGGAGCCAUCAUUAGCCUGAUAUAUGGCAGUAAAAUCUUCAGUGAUCUUGGGGAGCCAAGCCUUCUUGCCCAGGGCUGUCAGCUGGCUACUGCCUGGGAGAUUGAUUUCUCCGCUGGGGCUCUCCUGGGCGUCGUCACCCUGGAUGUCUCUGUAAAGUUCUUGCAUUCGCAGCUGCUCAUCAGACGCCUCUUCCCAUCCACGUAGUUGCUGUCCAUGUUUUCUGCCUGGCUCAGGAGCAGGGCCUGGGCGAGCAAGGAGGUGCUGGCUCGUUCCGCCUGGCCUCUGUGUCACCAGUCAGGUCUGAGGCCUGCUGUCUUUGUAUUCUAACUCUGCCCUGCUUUCUUUUGUGGCAGUAUUUCCUGAACAUGCCCUGGGCUGCUUUUUCCCAGUCAGACUCUGUCUCUGGACUCCCUCAAGCUUUCUGAUCCCUGGAGAAUCCUAUCAGCUGUCUUCCGGGCACCUCAGAUUCAACGUUGCCAUCAUUUGGGUUCAUCCUUCUACUUCCCACACUCUAUCACUGUCCGUUACUUCAGUAAGAGGCAGGAACAUUCAUUCAGUCAUAUUCCUGAGUCAAUAUGCAUAUCACAACCUAUAUUCCACGAGCUUAAUCAGCAAGCCUUGGGAAGUCAGCAGUCCCCUGACAGCAUGCCCUCGUUCUCGCCCCGGGCCCGUGACGUGUCGGGGUUUCUACACUGAAACUAUACCUGGCAUCUGGUUCUUACUUCAGGGCCAUCCCACCUAAAAUCGCCCAUUCUUUCCUCUUAAAGAAGACAUCUUGAUUAUAGACUAAUAGACUAAUGACUAAUCAGCCCAUGCUCACACAUAACUAUGGUUUCGUGCACUUGGUAUUUUUUAUAACGUGGGCAUUCUGUGACUCAGCUGUGGCUGUCAGAGGCCUUAACACAGUCGAGCACAUUGACGCUGGACUUAAAUUGAACGUUAUUUAUCCACAUCACCAACCAUAAGGUGUUAUUCAGUCAAGGGACUCAGGACAUACGGAAAAGUUCACAUAUGUACACAUAGGUACACACACGCUACUAAGCAAAUAAAUAAUUUCCUUAGCAACCCCCCAACCCCCCAUUAAACCUUACACUGCGCAUAUUUACUACGACCUUACCAAACCCCAAAAACAAGACCACAUACGCAAAACUAUGUAAAGCCUAAUUCUCACACAAUAGCACUCACACUAAAAACCUACCCAACAAUCUAAAAGGACCCCCCCACUGAUACCAACAUGCUACUUUAAUCAAUAAAAUUUCUGUAGACAGACAUCCCGCUAGAUCUGAUUUCUCAAAAAAUCCAUUAAAACAACCCAACACCCAAACCCCACCACGCACCCUAAACUGAACUUGUUAAUGUAGCUUAAUAACAUAGAGCAAGGCGCUGAAAAUGCCUUGAUGAGUAUUCUUACUCCAUAAACGUAUAGGUUUGGUCCCAGCCUUUUUAUUAAUUGCUGCUAAAAUUACACAUGCAAGUAUCCACUUCCCAGUGAGAGUGCCCUCCAAGUCACACCCAACGAUUGAAAGGAGCAGGUAUCAAGCACACUAAAACAGUAGCUCACAACACCUUGCUUAACCACACCCCCAGGGAAACAGCAGUGACAAAAAUUAAGCCAUGAACGAAAGUUUGACUAAGUUAUAUUAAAUGCGGUUGGUAAAUUUCGUGCCAGCCACCGUGGUCAUAUGAUUAACCCAAAUUAAUACAACCCCAGCGUAAAGUGUGUCAAAAGAUAUCAUCACAAAUAAAGUUAAAAGCCAGUUAAGCUGUAAAAAGCUACAACCAAAGUAAAAUAAACUACGAAAGUGACUUUAGUAUCUCUGACUACACGAUAGCUAAGGCCCAAACUGGGGUUAGAUGCCCCACUAUGCUUAGCCCUAAACCCAGAUAAUUUACCACAACCAAGUUAUUCGCCAGAGUACUACUAGCAAUAGCCUAAAACUCAAAGGGCUUGGCGGUGCUCUAUAUCCUUCUAGAGGAGCCUGUUCUAUAAUCGAUAAACCCUGAUAACCUCACCAACCCUUGCUAAUGCAGCCUAUAUACUGCCAUCUUCAGCAAACCCUAAAAAGGUACUAAAGUAAGCACAAGUAUCCAACACAAAAACGUUAGGUCAGGGUGUAGCUUAUAGGAUGGAGGGAAAUGGGCUACGUUUUCUCCUCUUAAGAAUAUAAACGUGCACGAAAGUUUCUAUGAAACUAGAAACCAAAGGAGGAUUUAGCAGUAAAUUAAGAAUAGAGAGCUAAAUUGAAUCAGGCCAUCAAGUGCACACACACUGCCUGUCAUCCUCCAUAAAUAUUACAAAUCAUAAUUUAACGUAAUAUCAUGAUCCAAACAUUUAAAAGGAGACAGAUCCUACCUAGGUAAGUGUACCGGAAGGUGUGUUUGGGUAAUCAAAGUGUAGCUUAAAUAGAGCAUCUAGUUUACACCUGGAAGAUUUCACAUAAAAUGAUCGCUUUGAACCAAAGCUAGCCCAAACAACACCCACGUCAGCUACUUCAAACUACUUAAAUAAAACAUUCACCAAACUACUAAAGUAUAGGAGAGAGAAAUUUUAAUUGGUGCUAUAGAGAAAGAGAAUGAUGAAAGAAAUGUUAAAAGUACCAAGUAGCAAAGCUUACCAAAAUGAUUUAGCUAGAAUAGUUUAACAAAGAGAACUUAAGCUAAACAUCCCGAAACCAGACAAGCUACCUACGAACAAUUUCAAAGAACCAACUCAUCUAUGUUGCAAAAUCGUGAGAUUUAUAGGUAGAGGUGAAAAGCCUAAUGAGCCUGGUGAUAGCUGGUUAUCCAAUGACAGAAUUUCAGUUCAAAUUUAAAUUUACCUAAAAAACCUUACAAUUCCAACGUAAAUUUAAAUUCUAAUCUGAAAAGGUACAGCUCUUUAGAUACAGGACACAACCUUCCUUAGAGAGUAGGAAUAAAAUAUAUUCACAGUUGGCUUAAAAGCAGCCACCAAUUAAGAAAGCGUUCAAUCUCAACAAUAUAUUUAUCUUAAUCCCAAUAAAAAUCAAGCCAACUCCUAACUUUAUACUGGAUUAUUCUGUUGACACAUAGAAGCAACAUUGUUAAUAUGAGUCACACCUGGCCAAGCUUCUCGUGUUGCUGGACCUACCUCCUCCCCGUGUUUCAUUCGCCCACUGUUCCAUCUGCAAGUCUACCACGCUGGUCCAAAAUACUGCCUUUUUGCGCCGGGGUUAUUUCAACAACCUCCUAAGUAAUCCUCCCUUGUGCACUUUGCCCCUCACAACCCAUAUUCUGCAAAAUGCUUAGAGUAAUCUUUAAGCGCGCGCACACAUUUCACGCCACUCUUGAGGCUUAUUAAUUCUUCAAAGGUUUCUCAUGCUCUUAGAUGUCCAGAACUCUUGAGCUAGGCUGUGAGGCACAGCAUGUGACCCUGCCUCCUGUCCAGGCUCUCGGGCUCCCUUCUCCCCUCUGUGUCUACAUCCCAGCUGUGCCUGACUUCUUUCCACUCCUGCCCAGGACCUGUGCCCGUCCUGCUGCAGGGCCUCGGUCUAGGCUGCUCUCUCUGGCAGGAGUGCUCGCCCCACUUCCUCACACUUGACGUGCCCCUUCCAAUCCACUUGUUUAAGGAAACCCUUUCCUGUGCCUUGUACUUCUCCUGGCUUUAAAAACCUCUCUGUGGUAUUUUAUUUAUACAAGAAACACACAAGGACAUUCUUGUACAUGUUUCACACGCUAGACCAUCUGGUUAACAUUUGUCUCCCUCACUAGACUGUCGGCUCUGUGAGAGCAGUGAUGGGACCAGUCUUGUCUAAGCUGUGUCAGUGCAGGGCAGCAGCCAUGCCCCGAGGUGCUCCCUACAUAUUUGUCGGAGAGCUGAGGUCUGCACCCUCCUCACAGCCCGCCCAGGGCCCCAGCCAGAAUCCCGGGCAGCUGUCAGCAAGACAGUCACAGCCCUGUGCUUGAGUGUGCGUCCCUGUGAGCACCAGGACUUCUGAGCGACUGGACCUUACUGCUCGCCCCUGGUUCUCUUCUGCUCCUGUGCUUGCAGACACCAGCCCUGGGCUCUUGAUGGGGGCUUGGAGUUUGGGGAGGACAUGCAAGGACAGGCAGCCGCGGGAGGAAUUCCCUGGACAGCUGCCUGCCUUCUCUUCACUGAGGACUCAGGGAUGCACCGGGGCAGCGCAAACUCGCCUUCUCCCUCCCGCUCAGCGGGCUGCAGCUGCAAGAGCGUGGCCGGUGGACAGGGAGCAGCCCCAGCCAGGAGAGCCUCAUCCUGCGGUCCUUGUGGGGUGGCUGACCCCAGAAUGCCUCAAGGGGGAAGCAGAUGCCACUGCCCGCUCUCUGAAGUCACCAACUCUAAAUGUCAAAGGGCAGAUUCUCUGACCAGCCAGGAGACGCUGCCCCUUCCCACGGGGGGUGAGAGGAGAGGACUGGCAAAUUCAGAGGGAAGGCUCCUCGCUGCCCUCCCAGGUUCCUGAACCCUGACUUCCCGCGACAACUUGAACUUGCAUGUGCCAAGGUUGUUACUUCCACCUUCCAAGCAAAACUGUUAACAUUUCCAGGACCGGGACCUUGUUACAUCUCGUGGGCUCCCAUAGCACCUCGCACCCUGUUAUGUUGACUGCUGAUUUUUAAAACGUUAUAGCUGGAACACUUAAAAUGAAAAUACAUUCAGCAUUGGCAGGGCAGUGAGAAUUGCUGUUAAAAGCAAAAAAUGGAAAUGAGUGCAGCCAUAUGUGUGUCUAAGGCAGGAGCAACAUUUUCUUAGGAGCCCGGGGACUCUGGUUUUUGUCUUUGUUUUGUUUUGUCUGUUUAGUGGCAGGACCAGAGAGCAUCCUGUCUUCUUUCUGACUUUUAAACUGAUGAAGAGAUUGGGGUUGUAGCCUCGUGCUUAAAGCAGGUGAAUGUAGUCAUUAGUGAAGGACCCUCAGGUGUGCGUGAGGGCUGAGCUGAGGAGGGCGAGAGGAGGCAGGAGGACAGGCCCCUGGGAGGGGCUGCCCGCCUCGGUGAAGAUUGCUGCGCCCCGGGCUGGGUGUGGAGAUGCACGCAGCAGAGGAGUCUGGGGGAAGGCCUGGUGGGAUCCCAGGACAGAUUAGCUUUGGGAGUGGGGAGAGUGAGGAGUCAAGACUCCUCAGCCCGGUUGGAGGGCUGGCUGCCUGGUGGUGGGGAGAGAAAUGCCGUUCACCGAGGUGGAGUUCCGGGGAGAAAGGUUUCAGGAAGGAAGGCAGGCUCCGCUUCAGACAUGUUUGCUCAGAGGGGCCUGUGCAGCAGCCAGCAAGGGGAUCUGGUGGGCAUCUGGAUAGAAAGACAUGGAGCACAGGGCAGGGGUCUGGGCCGGGGGUGAAGAUAUAGGUGUAAUGUGUCUAAGUGGUAUUGGUGAACGUGGCAGUUAUGGGUUACCCACUGGCAGAACUGUCAGGGUUAUCCACAUGGAGGUGGAGAGAAAACCAGGGAAUGGACGAGAUCUCCUCGGGGCAGCCCAGAAGCUGGGGAGGCUGAGGCCCGAGCCCUGGGCCACACCAACACUGGAGGGGCAGGGACCCGAGAAGAGACGAGCAGGAAGGGCAGGCAAGGAAGUCAAGGACAUGAGUACCGAGAAGCCAGGAGUGGCUGUGCCGAGAUCGCAGAGGAACAUGGGGGUGACAGUGCCCUUGCACAGACGUCCCUGGGAGCUGGGCUGCAUGACUGUGACCGUGUACCUGCCUCCAGGAGCUGUGAGUCUCCAUAGCACAGGGCCUUUUUGGAUUCAGAAAUUCUCUUUGGUUAUGCAGAGUUAGGUCCCAGAGCCUAGCUUGGGUGGAGGUUGGUUAAAAAGAAAGAGAAAAGAGACUUGUGUUUCUCAAUGUAAGAAAGGUGUCAGGGACUUUAGAGUAGUUCCUGGCAGCUCAAGAGUGUGAGAGAGGGAAAUAGGCACAGGUCUCAAGAGGCUGACAUGAGCCCCAGAAGACAGGGCAAGAGGGGGAUGGAGGGAGGAAAUGGUGCAUGAGCUGUUCAGUGGUGGGGACUGUGGAGGACCGUAGGACAGCCGGCCAAGCCCAGGCAGCCCUCCACUGUCAUACGUGUGCUCAGGCUAUUUUGUUUUGCCCUCAAAGGAAAGUGUUGCUCCAGACAAGACUAGAGGGCUGGAGAUGGCUCGGAUUGCCCAGCACCGGGCCCUUUGCCUGGGACACUGUUAAUGGCUCAGUACUCCUGACAGCAAUCUGGCCAUAAAUAACAGGAGUGUAAGCACAGCUGGCCCUUUGACCAGGCAAUUCCAGUUAGAGGGAUGUAUUCUAAGGAAAUACAUAGAAAGUGAAAGUGAUUUUCUAAAUUAAAUGUGGUUUUUUUAUUAGCAAUGCUAGUUACAAUGCUGAGUAAUAAUGGCUAACAUGUAUUGGAUGCUUGGUGUGCACCAGGGGCUGAUAGGGAUUCUUUCCAUGGGUCGUUAGCUCAUGGGAUCCUCACAGCACUCCUCUGAGUAGGCAGCAUUGCUCUCCCCAUCUUACAGAUGUGGAGACUGAGGCAAAGUUAGGCUAAGACACUUGCCCGAGGCUCACAGCUGUGGAGAGAGAGGCAGAUGUGGGAUUUGAACCCAGAGCAUCUGGUUCCUCUCUGGAAGCAACCUAAGUGUGUGUGAUGAGGGUAAUGCCGAAGAACACCACGGCCACCGCUGGGCUGUUAGGAUGGCGCGUGAUGUGAACUGCCGUCUUCGCUCGUCCCACCUCUAUUCCCAUUUCUUCUCAUAGCAACAGCCUGAUUGGGAAUCAUGCCCUUUCAACAAGCCACGUGGUUUUCAUAGGGGUGACACCUCCCCAGUACCCAGGAGUGGCACUUGACAGACAUGACCAACCAGUGUUCCAUGCUCCAAAAAACCCAAGCCAGGCAACGAGAUUAAAUUCAGAAAUUCACUGAUCUACUGGGAAAAGGAGAUUUUCUUGCUUCUGAACUAGGAGCUGUGACAAUGUAAGUUGGUCAGGGGCCAUGACAUAGAGAGCGUUGCCUGCAAAUGAAGGCAACACUGGCUAAAGCUCAUCCAACUUGUAUAAAGAGACAACUUCCCAACGACAUCCUUUGAACACCUGGACCUAUCCUUGCCUGAAGCUGGAGCUUUAUUCUUGAGUUCUUCAGUCAUGUGAAGCAAUACAUUUCCUUUUUUACUUAAAUGGUUUUAUAGCAAUUGCAACUAGAGCAAUCCUAAAUAAUUCUACAAGCAUAGUUAGUAUCUGCAUGGAAAAAUGAAAUAUUAUGCUGAAAACAACAUAAAUGAAUUUUGGAAUAUGAUCAUAAUGUGAAAACAUACAUAGAGGUGUAUACAAUUAGAACAAAUUUAUGAUAACAUGUCAGAUUCUUCUUUUCACCAAAUGGGUUAAGUAUAUAGUGUCACAUGAACAAAGGAGGAGGGUAAGCUGAAGAAGAAUCUGCCAUCGUGGGGCCCUAAGGGAGCAGCAGAGGGCAGCACAGAGUCCUGGGUUCAGUAACUGCCAGUGACUGACUGACUGGCCUUGAACAAGCUGGUCAACCUCUUUGGGCCUCAGUUUUCCGUCUAUGAAUUAAGGAGAACCUGGCCUCCUAUACUGACCCCGCCUGAUGUGCAAUAUUCCAAUAGGCCCUCAGUCCUGUCGUGUUGCAGUCUUUUCCCUGAGGUCCCAGAAACAGGCUAAAGUGCUGUCGGGAUCCCCUGUAGCCCUGGGUGGCCCUGACUCGGCUGUGGACACUAGUACGUCUGAUUUCUAUUUGCCUCUCACUUGCUUUCUGUAAACUGCAUGUGUUGCAUGCAAAUUCAUUCCGUCAUUUGUUUCAUUAAAACAUAUGUGGACAGUU